AUGGAUGUUGAGGCUUGUACCAAACCAAAAUUGAUGGAUGAUAUGGACGAGGAUGAUGAGCCCUUAGUAUUUAAACGGAGCAGCUCAUCAUCGAAGCAAAACCAAUCAAACCUACAACUGCAAAAGUCAUCUUCAUCUCAAAAGCUUGACCGACAAUUAGGAAGGCUAAUGCCCAAUGGACGAUCUCAAAAUGGUCAAAGUUCCGGGGUUCAAAAGGGUAAGAUGGUCUCGUCUUCCAAAGCAUCACCUGUUAAAUCACCCCUGCGCAGCCCUGAAGCAACUAAAUCAUCUGCUAAGGCAUCUUCAUUGAGGUCUCCAGAGGCAAAUCUUCCUCAUCCUCAAGUAGGGCAGGCGCUUCCAAUUAACUCCAUGCUCCAGUAG